AUGGCUGCUGGAGACGGCGAGCCGGUGCUACAGUUGAAGAGCGUGUGCGUUGUGGGGGCCGGCAUGGCCGGCUUGGCGGCGGCGCGCGAGCUGCGGCGGGAGGGUCACGCAGUCACGGUCAUGGAGCAGAGCAGCGACGUCGGCGGGCAGUGGCUGUACGACUCCAGGACGGACGUCGUGGACCCGCUCGGCGCCGUGGCGCCGGUGCGCGUGCCAAGUAGCAUAUACGCAUGCCUUCGUCUCAUCAGCCCGCGGGAGGUCAUGGGCUUCUCCGACUUCCAGUUCCUGCCCCGGGAGGGCGCCGGCCGCGACCCGCGCCGCUACCCCGGCCACCGCGAGCUGCACUGCUACCUCCGGGACUUCUGCGACGCGUUUGGCCUCAUGGACGCCGUCAGGCUCAACACCCGGGUCCUGAGGGUCGCCCCCGUGGCGAUGUCGAUGUCGACAAGCACGCGCCGGUGGGCGGUGAGGUCCGUGCGGCGCCUCAGUGGCACCGCUGCUGAUGAUGAUGAUGCGCAGAAAGAUGAGGAGAUGUUCGACGCCGUUGUCGUGGCUACCGGCAACUACGCGCAGCCGAUGCUGCCGAGCGACAUCCAAGGCAUGGGGGAAUGGAGGCGCCGGCAGCUGCACAGCCACUCGUACAGGACGCCGGAGCCGUUCCAUGGCGAGGCCGUGGUGGUUGUCGGGUGCGGGGCCAGUGGCAAGGACAUCGCGCUAGACCUCGGCCGCGUCGCGAGGGAGGUGCACCUCGCCGCCAGCUCCGAGGCCGAGGCCGCCACGCCGGCAAUGUCGAGGAUGCUGGCCAACCACGGCGACGUCCUGCGCCUCCACCCGCGGGUACGCCAGCUACACACGGACGGGCAGGUGGAGUUCACAGACGGCUCCUCCGUCAUGGCCGACACGGUCAUCUACUGCACGGGUUAUGCCUACUCGUUCCCCUUCCUGGACACCGGCGGCGCGGUCACCGUGAGCGACGACGGCUACGUGGUCGGGCCGCUGUUCGAGCACGUGUUCCCACCGUCCCUGGCGCCGACGCUCUCCUUCGUGGGCGUGCCGAGGAAGGUCCUGAUCCCAUGGUUCUUCGAGGUGCAGGCGCGGUGGGUGGCGCAGGUGCUGUCCGGCCGCCGCACGCUGCCGUCAAAGGACCAGAUGCUGCGGUCAGUGGAGGAGCAGCUGCGCGCCAGGGAGGCCGCCGGCGUGGCGAGGAAGCACACGCACAACAUUGCCAGCGUCGAACCUCGAGAUAUGUACGAGUUCGGGGAGAAGUACUGCGACUUCACCCCGACGGAGGAGUGGAAGAAGGAGCUGAUCUUGUCCAGCAACGCGAGCAUGGAUGAUGACGUCGAGACCUUCCGCGACCGCGCCGCCGACGACAGCGAGAAGGUCCGGAAGGGUGUACAAGGAUGGCUCGGCGGCUUAGUUGCUCAAGCUCAAGAAGAAACUGCUGUUAAAACUGAAGACUCGCAAGCCCACGAGGCCCGGCAGGCCCCUGGCCUCACGAACCGGGACCAAUGGGCCUAUGGGUCCCGAUUCGUGACCGAACCGGAACUAAUGGGCUAA